AUGAAUCGUGAAAUUCCUGGCUAUUAUUUCGACGAAGAGAAAAAGAAGUACUUUAAAAUCGAGAAAACACAGACAGCGCCAUCGUCAGCUGCAUGGUCCUCAGACGCUGUCAAACGACGUAAGGUUGAGAAGAAAACCCAGAAAGCUGCCCAACGCCGGGCACAUCUAGUAAGAAAUCACAUUAAACGCCACUUUCUUGCCCAAGAUGCAGUUGCCUCUGCUCUUCUUGCUCGGGAGGUUGGCGUACCACAUGCCGCAGAGCGUGGCCGCGGUAGAUUAGAAGAUGGAGAGCUUGGUGCUGCGAUCUGGGCAGGUGGUUUGGUAGCCAAAGGCAAUGUUCCCUUUGCACCGAGCUUUGCAAGACAGCGAUAUCCGAACAUGCCAUGCUUUUAUGUCUCCAGUGAAGACGAAAAGACGGGCUUGGGUGUUGCAUAUGCUACUUUAGACGAGGAAACUCUGGUAGGGAGCUAUGUUCCCACAGACAAGAAUGAUUCAAUUUGCUACUCCCAGGAAGACACUAGAUCUUCUGGCAGGGCCCUGUCAUUCCGGAACGAGAUAGUACGAUGCCCUCAGAUGUCGUCCAUCAAGUACCAUCGGCCCUCACACAAGAUGCUCUUGACCUCUCGUGAGCCGGAUCAUAGCUGUGGCCUUUACUUAUUUUCACCACUGCUGUCAGACCCUGAGGAUGUGACUUGCCCACAGUGGCUUCUUGGUGAAACAAAUCAUUAUCAAAGGCUAUCAGUUCGUCAUGGAUUGCACGAUGAAUGGAUGGUCCACAGCAGCACACCAGCUCCUCCCUCCUCAGACCUUGUCUGCGUCCUUGGCUCCAACAACGGUUUGCUGCAAGUACGCUCAAACGCUACCCUUUCGGCCAUUGCACCAAGAAUUGCCCCGAAGGACAUGAAACGUCCACAAGAGAUAUUUACACAAGAUUUCCAAGAGGGGAAUCACAAUGUCUUGCUUGCUGGUGGCCGACAACCCAGGCUUUGGGUAACAGACCUUCGUGCUCCAGAGCAACAGUGGUCUUUUGCUAAACAUGCAAGUUCCAUCACGCAUAUAAAGAGCGUCAAUCCGCAUCAGGUUCUCGUGUCAGGAUUACAGAGUUCAAUGGCUCUCUAUGAUGUACGAUUUCUUUCGCGAAAUCCCCGCGGAACGAAACCACUUUUACACUUCUCAGGCCAUCGUAACGAGGCACACAUCAACAUUGGCUGGGAUGUAUGCCCAGAGUUGAAUACAGUAGCUGCAGCACAAGACAACGGGACUGUGAAGCUAUUUUCAUUAAGGUCAGGACGGCAGCUGAAAUGCACAGCGGUCGACUGCAUACACACCGAUGCGCCGAUCAAAGCCCUCAUGUUCCAGAAGAUGCCCCGAGAGAGGAUUCCAAGCCUGUUUGUUGGAGAGGGUUCGUCACUGAGCAAGUUCUCGUUUGGAGUGGUGGAAUGGGAGAAUGAAGCUUGA